GGUAGAAGACCUUUUUGGGAUCGAAAUCAUGACACAGAACUUAUUAUUGAAAUUUGUGAUGGUUUACGACCACCAAUUGUUACAAAUGCACCUGGUGAUUAUAUUGAAUUAAUGCAAAAAUGCUGGCAUUCUGAUCCAGAGAAACGACCGGAUGCUUAUAAUAUAUAUCAAAGUAUUCAUAAAAUAUUUAAUAAUGAAUGGAAUAAUCAUUUUCGUAAGCAAGAGCCAACUAAAAUUAUUGAAUCAUCGGAUAUUGGACCUGUAUCAAUAAAUGCUCCAGGUGCCAUUUACAAAAGCAGACCUUUAAGUGCCAUAAUUAAUUCUGCAAUGUCUUUAAAAAUUUCAAGAAAAAUUUCAAGAAGUCGGUCGAUAAAAAUUUCAAAAAGUCGAUUGAUUGACACAGAUUAUAUUAGUAGGGAAUUGGAAUUUGACAUUUAAAUUCUGAAUAAAAAUUUUUUUUGGAUUUCUUAUUUUGAUUAAGACUUGAUUAAGAUAUAUUUAUUAUAAGAAUAAUAAGGAAUAAUUUAAGAUUAAUAAUAAGAUUUAUCGAAAAGAACUUUAAAAUA